AUGACGGUUUUUUUUGCUGCUCUCUUCCUCCCCUAUACCAUCGACUUUAAAACCACCGGCCAAAAGAAUGGGCACCGCAAAUCAUCACCUAGCUAUGCUGUCGAUGGAUCCGGCUCAGGUCCCAUCGUCGGGCGUCUACCUCGUUUGAGAUCCACCAGUCUUGAACUGACCCCCGGUGCCACGACGGAAGACGAAAAGAUUUUCAAGGCCUACGCCUCGCAAUCUGCAGGCGAGAUUCCUGGCGCCGACGAUCCCAACGGGCCUGGUCCCAGUGAGCCUCGCGCUGUGCCCUGGGGCCGGAGUCGCAAGUUCAAUCAGCCCCGGUCCAAGGCAACGACUCACCCAGAGCCGUCCAUUCUUAGCCGCCCAGGCUCGCGACGGGAGUCCAAGGACUCUUUUAUGAAUGGCGCACCGAGCCGGUUGGGCUCGGAUCAGCAGGGAAGCCCUCGAACACUGUUCUCGGCUGUGGACUGGGUUGUCAAAGCUGCUGAACAGGGUCAUGGCGGUCUUCAAAAUGCCGUUCACGCUGCCGAGGAUGCGGGAAUUCUGCAGAACAAGAUGUGGGUAGGGACUUUGGGCAUGCCAACCGAUUCUCUAACAGAGAGAACCCGGGAUCUCAUCAAUGACACUCUUCGUGACGACUACGAUUCCCUGACCGUGUUUGUUGGGGACAGUGAAUUUGAGGGCCAUUAUGCUCACUUCUGCCGCUCGGUACUGUGGCCUGCCCUGCAUUAUCAAAUGCAGGAGAGUCCCCGGCAUACUGAAUAUGAUGAUUACUCCUGGAAGCAGUAUCUCAAGGUGAACAAGGCCUUCGCGGACACCAUCGCUAGUCACUGGAAGCCCGGAGACUGUAUCUGGGUUCAUGACUAUCAUCUCCUUGCCUUACCGGCUCUGUUGAGAAAGAGGCUUCCCCAAGCGGAGAUCGGCUUCUUCCUGCACACGGCAUUUCCCUCGUCUGAGAUUUUUCGCUGCUUGAAUCCUCGGGAAGCUUUGCUGGAUGGUCUUCUGGGUGCAGACUUGAUCGAAUUCCAGACGGAAGAGUACUGUCACCAUUUUCUCCACUCUUGCAGUCGGCUGCGAAGGCUCGAAGUCUCAGUCGAUGGUGUUCAAGUCGAUGAUCGCUUCGUUCAUGUCAAGAACCACCCUCUGGGUAUCGACUACAAGUCUCUCAACCUGUUACGUCAAUCAGCCGAGGUCAGGGAUUGGAUCUCCAAUAUUUCCGAGAGAUACCAGGGUAAACACCUGGUCGUGGCUAGAGAUCGACUCGAUGCACCGGGCGGUAUAAAGCAGAAGCUCCUAGCAUAUGAGCUUUUCCUGGGGAGCUAUCCCAAAUGGCGAGAAAAUGUCGUCCUUAUUCAAGUGGCAUCGUCAGGGUCGGACCUCCCAGAACUAGCAGCCCAAGUCUCCAAGAUCGCAAUGAGGAUCAACUCUAUUUACUCGACUCUAACCCAUCAACCCCUGGUCCUGCUGCAGCAGGACAUCAGCUAUUCCCAAUUUCUCGCCCUUCUGAGCGUUGCUGAGGUAUUCAUGGCCACAAAUCUCCGUGAGGGUAUGAAUCUGACCAGUCACGACUUCAUCCAUUGUCAAGAUGGCGAGCUCGCCACCCAGCAGUAUGGGUCCCUCAUCUUGAGCGAGUUCACGGGCAGUGCACGCAUCUUCCAUGGCCAUCCGCUCCUCGUGAACCCGUGGGACUAUAAACAAUGCGCAGAUGCAAUCAACACCGCACUAGAAAUGCCCACAGAUCAGAAGAAGCGCAACUGGGAAUUCCUCCUGGAGCGCAAAUCCCCACACACCGCACUGGCUUGGUACUCGUCCCUGCAGUCCGCCCUCAAGGAAGCUCACAGCAUGGAGAAGUCCCACGACACACACACCAUCUCCCCACUAGACACCGACGCCCUCCGGGAAUCAUAUAGCGCUGCAAAAACUCGCCUCUUCUUCCUUGAAGACGGCGCAACUUUCAGCCCAGCGCCAUUCCUCCCCUCUCCCUCCGCAACUGACACUCUCCAAGCCCUAGCCCGGGACCCAAGAAACACAAUCUACCUAACCAGCAACCGUAGCCCCGACCAACUCAAUAUCCUCUCACAAUCCCUUCCCGCACAAAUCGGCCUUAUCGCCGAGAACGGCUGUUUCAUAAGAACAAAAUCAGACCCAGACAAAUGGGAAGCCCUCGUCGACGUUGACGGCACCCGCGACUGGCGGGCCGGCAUCAGAAAGGUAAUCGAGUACUUCCACGAACGCACAGAGGGCAGCGUCAUCGAAGAGCGCCGCUGCUCGCUAACAUUCCGUUACGAUGCCGCCCUCGACGCCGACACGGCCGCGCACCAGGCUUCCGAGCUAGCUGAUCAAAUCAACGGUGCGCGCGGUAGCGAGGCCAUCCGUGUUGUUCGCGACGCUACGGCAGUCAGCGUUGAGCCUAUACAUGUCUCCAAGGCCACUGCUGCAUUAAAGAUCAUGGAUCGUAUGACUGAGAAGUCUCCGGACUUUGUUUUUGUGUCUGGUGGUGCGAGAAGCGAUGAGGCUUUGUUUCGUUGGGCUAAUCGGUUGGAUCUGCCGAGCCCGAGCGGAAGUUUUUCGCUUGCUGUUGCGGUUACUACUCUUACUGCUGGGACGCAUCCUACUGAGGCAAGAGCUCGUUUGCCGACUGGUCUUUCUUUGCUGGAUUUGCUGGGACUUCUUGUGCCAGACAAGGCUGCCCGGGGUGAGAGUUCGAUGUUGACGGAUGAGUAG